CCGUACGGUAGCGCUGCAGAUCGAAGUGACCAGGUAUUUGACACAAGCUGGAGCUGCCCCCUCCACCACAGCCCCAACUUUGUUUGCACAAACUUCAGCACGCAUGGAAUUGGUUUCUAUGAUUCUGCUGUGUUCUGAUUUUAAAGUCAGCUUUGAUCUGGCCACAAGGAUCGUUAAGGAAUGUAGGUUGAAUCCAGCCUUGACCUUCACUCACUGCUCCAGGGAGCUGGCUAAGUUGGGACGUUUUGAUGACAUCAUACAGCUGACCAAAGCCCUGACCUCAGCAGGGCUGGUGGAUGAGGCAGGGAUAGAUGAAAUAGUUGGCGCCUCCCUGCUGGUCAUAGCAGACACACAAGCCCUCGACCAGAGCGACACUUUGAUCCAACUGCUGACUUGUGACAAUAACAAGAUCAAUGCCUUUAUUUUAUGUGGUAAACUGAGAUCAGCCUAUCUGCUUGCUGUCAAACGGGACAGGGUUGAGGAUGUUCAAAGGAUAGCUGGUGCAGCACAAAGACUUGGACAAACAGCUGUAAGAAAUAUUUGCAAGAAGUGGCUUGAACAGCACAAAAACUUGGACAAACAGCCGUAAAAAAUACUGACCACCUGUGCCACUGACCACCUGUGUCACUGACCACCUGUGUUACUGACCACCUGUGUCACUGACCACCUGUGUCACUGACCACCUGUGCCACUGACCACCUGUGUCACUGACCAUGUCACUGACCACCUGUGUCACUGACCACCUGUGUCACUGACCACCUGUGUCACUGACCACCUGUGCCACUGACCACCUGUGUCACUGACCAUGUCACUGACCACCUGUGUCACUGACCACCUGUGCCACUGACCACCUGUGUCACUGACCACCUGUGUCACU